UAUAAAAAUUAUUUUUCGUUUCAUAAUUUUUUAAAGUUGGGCUUAAAAAUGAAAUUUUUUAUGCCUGACUUCGACAAAAGUUUGGAAACCAUAAGGUUUAUGCCUACCGCUGUGCCUGACACGAAUUCAACGAGCGUUAAGAAUAAGAAGGUAAAGAAAAAGAAGGAAAACUCGAAAAAGUUGAAAGAAGAUGAAAGUUCUUCAACAAACGAAAGUACCAAGAAAGUUACAAAAUCGCCUAAACUUCUACAAGGCCGUGUUGAGAAACCUAAGAAUAAAAAAUCAAUCAAAGCGCAACAAUUAAAAUUAUCGAAAGCUACUGUGGAAAAAGCAGUUAGCGAAAGCUCGAAAAAGACUAACAGCGAGCAAGACUCCAUCUCGGCCUUUGCCGCAAAAGUUAAGGAGCAAUUAAAAGGCGGUCGUUUUCGUUUUAUCAACGAACAAUUGUACACUAUGAGUAGUCGAAAAGCUGCCAAGAUAUUUGAGGAAGAUCCGGAAACUUUUUACGCCUAUCAUGAAGGCUAUCGACAUCAAAUAGCGAAAUGGCCUGUAAAUCCAUUAAAGCGCAUUAUUAAAAUGAUAAACCGUUUACCCAAGUCCUUAGAAAUCGGCGAUUUCGGUUGCGGGGAAGGUCAAUUAGCCCAAGCGGUGCCUCACAAAGUCUAUUCCCUAGACUUGGUUAGCUGUCGUAACGAUAUAAUCGCUUGUGACAUGGUGCAAACUCCUUUGAAAACGCAUUCGCUUGAUGUGGCUGUUUAUUGUCUCUCCCUUAUGGGUACAAAUUUGAACGAGUGCUUUCUGGAGGCCAAUCGAGUUUUAAAAGUGAACGGUUUUAUGUACAUAGCGGAGAUACAAUCACGUUUUGAUGAUGUCACGCAAUUCGUGCGACAAUUAAGUGCAUACGGCUUUGAGCUAAUUAAACAGGACGUAGGGCAAAAUACUUUUUAUUUCUUUCAAUUCAAGAAAACGCAUAACAUUGGCUUAGUGGCCAAAGUACCGCAAAUUACUUUGAAGCCAUGUUUGUACAAAAAGCGGUAAUAAU